AUGCACCUCUUUGGGACGCGCUUGUCCCGUGAGGGCUGCGGGUUCCAGGCCGUCGAUUCCGGGCGGGUCUUCCCUGGUCCCACUUUUCAUUUGCAGACUUCAGGCAAAUGGACCCGCCGGCGUCAGAGGCCAAGGCCGGAGAGCCCUGGCGUGACUGGAUUUUUCUGGAGCUCUUGGACCUUGCAGGACGCCGACAAGGACGAUGUGAGCGACUACGGCGAUGACGAUGGACUUUCUUGGUACGCAUCUGCUGCCGCUGACGCAGAUGCAGAGGAGCCAGCGCCAGAGGAGACGGCUGAACAAGAGCAGCCGGAGGAUGCGGCUGUGACAGACCCUUACGUGACGGCCGAGUCCGAUCCCUACGAGGUUUUCGCAGAGGAGGCUGAAGAGGCUCCAGCUGACCUCCUAGACUCUGAGCCCAAAGCAGUGGCUCUUGAGGAUGACACGGGCAAGAGAGCGGCCGAGUCCGAAGAACCGGCCAAGCCACCGAAGCCCUCAGCGGCUCCCGACCUUAGCCGGCCAGCCAAAGUUCAGCGGACAGAGGCUCCCGAGCCGCAGUUGACUCAGCCAGCACCGCUUCCUUUGAAGCAGCUGGCCGAAGUCCUCCAAGUUCCGCCUGCUCCCGAGGCCGAGGCGGCAAAGGCCUGGACACCCAGCUGGCUGCAGGAUCCGGGCCCGGGUCUUCUGAGAAAGGUGGAGUGGAGAGUCUCGCGGCUUUCAUGGAGGAGACCUCCGAAGGAGAUACAGCUCUGA